CUCCCACAGAUUCCAAAUACAGUGUGUAAAUAAAGUUUCCACCCAUGGCCUGUCAUGAUGUGAAUCAACAGGAGGAAAUGGCCGUGGAGAAUCUGGACCCGAAAGCUGGAAUGCGCUUCACGGAAGCGCUCCGCGUCCAGCUCGACGUGCAGCGCCGCCUCCACGAGCAGCUCGAGAUUCAGCGGGGUCUGCAGGUGAGGAUAGAGGAGCAGGGUAAGAGGCUGCAGAAGAUGUUUGAGGACCUACUCAAGGCCCGCGGGAACGUGGCAAGAUCGCCAGAGCCGGAUGUCACUGUUGGCAUCCACAUAGAGCUGCAGGACGUCGUCGUCAACGACGAGGCGUAG